AUGAUGGCGUGCCCUUCGUCCAAAACUAGCCUAGUGCAGGCCAACCUCCACCACAGCGAAACUGCGUCGGCUCAAUUACGCAAGUGGUUGGAGGUUCAAAGGACUGCCAUAGCCUUAAUCCAGGAGCCAUGGGUUGGGGCUGGUAAAAUUAAAGGCCUAAACAACCUAAAAGGUAAGUUAUUCUACAGCUCUGAACACGACAAGCCUAGAGCGUGUAUUUACACUACUAAAGAUAUCUGUGCACAACCUUUAACAGAUUUCUGUUCUAGAGACAUGUAUGCCGUAGCAAUACAGUACACACAGGAGAGUAGAUUAGUCGUCGCCUCGGUCUACAUGCCGGAGGAAGACACUCCUCCACCUCAUGACCUCAGCAGGCUGGUGAACUUCUGCGAGAGGACCGGACUAGAGGUUGUGAUCGGGACGGACUCCAACGCACAUCAUCCCCUUUGGGGAAUGGAAAAACCAAAUGAACGAGUGGGGGGGGGUAAAGCCCUAAUAGUCAGACUUGCUGCCAUAAUGCGAGCCUGUCUUGCUCUUAAAUAUGUUCCUAGGGGAUGGAGGGAAGUGAAAGUUACAUUCAUACCCAAACCAGGUAAGAGCGACUACACUGACCCUAAAUCCUACAGGCCCAUUAGCCUCACAUCCUUUCUCCUAAAGACGAUGGAGAGGAUGUGUGAAAGGGAAUUAAGGGGGUCCGCGCUAAUGAACUUACCACUACACGACAAGCAACACGCCUACAGUCUAGGCAAAUCAACAGAAUCGGCCCUUCAUAAGGUAAUUACAAAGAUUGAAGAGGCCAUCCAAAACAAAGAAAUAUGUCUAGGUUCCUUCAUAGAUAUAGAAGGUGCUUUUGACCGAACGAACUUCUCCAGCAUAAAAGGUGCACUCGGUAGACACAAAGUUGAACCGGCACUGAUCGACUGGAUAGUUUACAUGCUCAGUACACGAAUAAUAAAGAUUGCUGGUGAAUCUCAACCAAUCCAAAUUAAGAAAGGCUGCCCGCAGGGUGGGGUUCUCUCACCUCUCCUGUGGAAUAUGGUCAUUAAUGAACUCAUCAGCAAAUUAAAUGACAAUCACUUCUAUACAGUAGGUUAUGCUGAUGACCUGACAAUACUGGUCUCUGGAAAGACAGCAAGCAUAGUGUGCGACCUGACCCAAGCGGCUCUCCGUAUAAUAUCACAUGGAGUUUUAGAGAAACUAAAUGAUUUUACCGGCGUUUUAGGUCUAUUGUUUCCAACGUACAUAUUGUGUUACUAUAGUGAAUUAUUAACAUCUGAGAGUUUGCGUAUAGCUGAUGCGGCGUACGAAAAUUUGUGGCCGGAUAGGGACGUUUCUUAUCAAAAAACUAUUCUAAUGAUUAUAAGACGUUCACAAAAACCUUGUUGCCUUACAUCGAUUAAAUACGUGCCCAUCAAUUUAAAUACUUUUACCAAGGUUUUGAGUACGACGUGGUCAUACUUUUCUUUAGCUACAUCGAUGUACUCGGAAAAUGAAUAA